CCACGUGACUUUUGUAAUGCAUCCUCUAUCUUUUCUCCAACCGAUUUCUGCCGCACAUGCGUAUCAUCAGUACAGCAAGUCAGCUGAGACUGAGAGCUCUGGUCCAGAGUAAUUGGCAACCGGCUAUAAAUUAUUUGCACAAAACAGAUGCGGUGGUUAUCGCUGUUGGUGUUGGCGGCCACCUGUGUGGCCUACGGCCAUGGAGCGCGCAUCCUGGCCAUCUUCCCCUUCAUCUCCAAGAGUCACAUGAUUGUGCUGAACGGACUGACCGUUGAGCUGUCCAAAAGGGGCCACGAGAUGGUCGUCGUGUCCGGUUUCCCACAAAGCAAGAAACUACCCAAUUACACUGACAUCGAUCUAAUGCCCGCUCUGAAGGAAGUGAUCGAAAACGGUCCAAGCAAAAACCUUUUUGAAAUAAGCGACAUGCCAUUCUACAUGGUGCACAUGAUGAUGUGGGGUUUUGGCUACUACGUCACAGAAGUCGUUGCCAACACUCCUCAGUUCCAAUCAGUGCUUGAGGAUAGGAAGGGAUUUGACCUGGUCAUCGCGGAGGUGUUCAUGAACGAGGCUUUCUAUGGAUUGGCAAACCACUUCAAGGCACCUUUGGUUUUGGUCUGUCCGUUUGGUGGUUUCCAUUUCCACAACUACGCGUUUGCAAACCCAAUUCCUUUGUCAUUCUACCCUAAUCCAUCCCUGGAAUACUCUGAUAGAAUGUCUUUCAUCGAGCGGCUGACAAACUUCUUGUACACAAAGAGCUUUGACCUUGGAUAUUACCUGUAUAGUGUGCCCAAGCAGGACGCCCUCAGCAAAAAGAUUUUUGGCCCGGACACACCACACGUGACUGAGCUAGAGUCCAACGCUGUCGUCGUGUUGGUUAAUCAACACUUCACGCUUAACUACCCGCGACCGCUGAUGCCCAACAUCAUCGAGGUGGGCGGGAUGCACGUUUCUCGCGAGGUGAAACCACUGGACAAAGACUUUAAAGACUUUUUAGACGGUGCCAAAGAAGGUGCCAUCUACUUUUCUAUGGGCAGCAACCUUAAGAGCGAAUUGAUGGGCGAGGAAAGAAUCAAGGCGCUUGUUGACGCUUUCUCAGAAUUGCCCCAAAGAGUACUGUGGAAGUGGGAGUCGGACCAAAUGCCGGGAAAACCUAGCAACCUCAAAGUCGCAUCAUGGAUGCCUCAGCAGGAAAUUCUAGCACAUCCUAAUGUGCAAGUUUUCAUCACGCAUGGUGGCCUGUUAAGCGCCCAAGAAGCAGCCUUCCAUGGCGUAACGCUGGUCGGAAUUCCCAUUUUCGGCGACCAAAAGCUCAACAUGCGAAAAGCGCAGCUUGGAGGCUAUGGAAUUCUGCUCGACUUCAACAAUAUUACGAAGGCGUCUGUUAAGUGGGCAUUAAACGAGGCUAUCCACAACAAAAAGAUAAAAGAGGCGGCCCGCCAGAGGUCGUUCCAGUACAGGGAUCAGCCCGAGUCACCCUUGGACAGGGCAGUCUACUGGGUUGAGUACGCCCUGAGACAUAAGAACGGUAAGCACCUUAGAUCCGCUGGAGCCGACCUCAAUUGGGUGCAACUUGGCAUGUGGGACGUUUACGCUGCGCUCUUGGCACCGUUUAUCUUCCUUUACUGGUUGUGCAGAAGAUGCUGCUCGAAAAAGGGUCAAAAGCCAACGCCUGAUGCGGUAAAACCGAAAACCUCUGGCGCGAGUAAGAAGAAGAAACAGUGAUGUGUGACUGGUGUUUUAUAUUUUGAGAAUUUUCUUUACUUUCGAUAUUUUGUGUUCGUGCUAUGAUACUGUUUGCUAGCUCAACGAAAAUUAUACGGUUUGAAAUAAACAUUGUCAAACCAUAAAAACUUUUCGACGA